AUGCCGAUGUGCCGGCCGCAAUGCCACGGGCCUCAUCUCGCCCUUCUCCUCUUCGCAGUCUUUGCUCUAUUGGUGACGAGCCGGGAGGGAGGACUUGCUUUCAGUGCACCUGGCAAAGCUCGGAAGUCCCCCAAGCAGGCCACAGCCAGUGUCAUGAGGGAGCGCAGCGGCCUCGGAAUCGGUGAGAGGGUAACAGACGCGAAAUCUUGGCGUGCUGUUUCGCAAGAGGAGAGCGUACUGGCAGGCAAGCUCAAGGCUGCUGGCCUAAAAGGCCGUUGGAAGCAAGUUUGGCGACUUUACCAGGACUAUAAAGGCAUCGCCGUGCCAGUCCACGGUGCUGCUAUGCAGGCUGCGUACCGCUGCAGACGUUACUCGGAAGCAGCAGAGAUGUACACAAAGUUGCGCACUGUGAACGAUGCUGAAAUCAACCAAGUCAUUCUUGUCCAUGGCAUGAAGAUCUUCGGGAAAUUGCAUGAUGCAGACAGCGUCGAGGCGAUUUGGCAGGAGGUUCUUUCAAAAGGAUGGAUGGACAAAUUUCCGGCGACUGCACGGAUAGAUGCUGCGUCUGAAAUGGGCGACAUCGGGGCGGCUGCAUCAGUGCUUGAAUAUCUGCAGAAUGCAAGCUUGCCGGUCGAUGUCAUGCAGUUCUCGUCUGCAAUCAAUGCAUGCAAAAACUCCGGCGAGAACAACAGUUACACGGAAGCCAAUGUCCUGCUGAACAAGAUGAUUGAAGAAAACUUGCAGCCCAACAUCGUGACCUUUACUAGCUUCGCCGGAGCUCAUCGUCGGGCUCCUCUGCCAGAGACCAAACAGGUGCUAUCCACACUGGCUGAGCAAAAGGUGAUUCCCAAUAGCCUGUUUGUGGAGACCUUCUUGGGGGCUAUAUUCCAAGGUCGCCUCCGAGAUGCUUGGAGCGUAUCGGACGUGGCGGAGCGCAUACAGGGCACAAGCCCCGACCGAGUGCAGUUUGCACUUGACUUUCUGGAUGAUGUAGAAGCCCAAGGAGUUGAUUUCAGUCAAUUAACUUCCUUGACGCAUAAAUGCCUUCGGCGACGUGCUUGA